AUGGAUAGUGGAGUGAAACAGCUAGAAAAAUUAGCGUCUAGUCUUCUACGUCUUCAGAGCAUCUACGAAAAUCUGAAGCCAGGGAGUAAGUCUUUUCACGUCACGCAUGUCAAGCGGGUCUCCAAGGCCGUGGAAGUUAUAGACUUUCUUGCGGAACUAGAGGCAUCAGAUCGUUGGAGCUACAAGUACAUCGUACUGGACUCUUCAACGGAAAUCGCCAAAGAUACUGUUAUCAAGCACGCCAGGAGUUUUAAGCUGGGACGAAGGACUUAUCAUUAUUUGUUGAGCGGUUUUGUGAUGGAUGACCACUGGAGUGAAAAUACGCACGAAUUCGAAACUCUCAACAUAACUGGUUUCCGAGUUCUUGAUUACUCCACCAAGAAAGUCAAGGAUUUCCUUGAAAUAUGGCAGUAUGGAAGUCAUAUAUCGUCAAAAGCGGCAAUGAUGUUCGACUCAGUGAAUCUAUUGAUAGAAGCAAUCCUGCGCAUGGGCCGAAAGAAAUCCGAUUUCCUACGCGCCGCCUACCGUCGCAGCUAUUCCAAUAGCACGAAGAAUACAGACUGCAAUAUUGAGGAGCGAGGUAUAACGCCCUUCGAAUUUGGAGAGAAAUUGGCAAAGAUGAUAAGGAAGACGGAGAUAGAUGGGUUGACCGGCUUCAUAAAAUUCGAUGACGACGGCCGCCGUCGCAACUUUUCGCUGCGAGUCGUGGAAAUGACCACAGGCACUAAUGCAGAGACGAUCGGAACUUGGUACGAUGAUACAGGCCUGUCAACGCUUAAUGAACUUGGCUGGGUGGGCUCUGUUGACAGGAAUAAGACCUACAUCAUAACUAGCAUCGUCGAAGAGCCAUAUAUAAUGCCGAUUCUGGAUUACAACUCAAAUAAGAAGAAGCACAAAGGAUUUUGUGUUGAUCUAGCUGAAUUGAUUAUGGACAAAUUGAAGUUGAAAUAUGAACUAAGAAUUGUGAAGGAUGGCAAAUAUGGUGGGGAAAAUAUUGAUGCCGAAAGCGGUUGGGAUGGUAUCGUCGGGGAAUUAAUGCGAAGGGAAGCUGAUCUAUCUAUAUCAUCUCUUAGUGUGACGGUGUACAGAGAACAAGUGAUCGACUUCAGCAAAACAUUCCUCUCCUUUGACACAGUACCUGAAGAUGUGCCUAUAUCUACGGAGUCCAUAUUUAGCUUCCUUCUGCCGUUGUCUAAGGAAAUUUGGUUCUGUAUACUGGGAAGCUUUUUCGCUGUCAGCAUUUGCUUGUAUAUUGUGUCGAAGUACUGCCCGAAUGAAUAUCAGCUGCGCGUGAGAACGAGCGGUAAUAGACAAACAUCUAGAAUCAAAAUACCACAGGCGAAGUUGGAAAACACAUUUUCACUAUGGACGGCGAUUUGGUUUGCGCUCGGUUCAUUUAUGCAACAAUCAAGCGGUUAUAGCCCCAGAUCCCUAUCUGGCAGGAUAGUUAGCGGCGUGUGGUGGUUCGUGGCUUUGUUCGUCAUUGUAAUAUAUACAGCGAACUUGACCACACAUCUCACUAUUGCACAACUCAAUCCACCAUUGAAUCCAAUACAUAGAAUCUCUAAGUGCCCAGCGGAAACCAACAAGCCAUGUGAAAUGCUGAUCUCCGUUAUGGAGACGGGUCUAAAAGAUUUCGCGGUUGCGUUUCCCAAAGGAUCACCACUACGGGAAGGUGUUAAUUUGGCGUUGCAGAAAUUGAGGAACGAGGGAGCGCUGUAUCGUCUCAUACGCACUUGGUUUAUGCCUUCGUCUUGCACCAAUAAGAACCACGGCAAAGAGAUGACAUUGAGUCAGAUCGCUGGGUUGUUCUACAUACUGGUCGGUGGGCUCGUGUUGGGACUGAUUAUUGGGUUUAUUGAGUACAUGGUGUAUCGUCAUAAAAGUCAGGAAGGAUCAGGUGAUGUAUCACCUCCCGGGACCCCAAUACGAACUCCAACCAGUCCUAUGAUGCGGAAGAGCCAACGGACGCUGAGUGAACGCGACGCUAUUGAUUGGAAUGCUGUGAAUUUUACUGGGUACGACUCGCCAAGGGUCCAACAACGACAAGAGGAGACAGCAAUGCAGGGGACCUUUGGACAAGUCUGA